AUGUUCUCCUCCCGGCCCUCCUCACUGCUGCGCUGGACCCCCAUGGAGCAGGCCGACUCGGACGCGCUGGACAUCAGCACCAAGGUGCAGCUGCACGGGGUGCUGUGGAAGAAGUCGUUCGGACGGCCCUCCGCCAAGUGGGCCCGCAGAUUCUUCAUCAUUAAAGACAGCUUCCUCCUCUACUAUGCUGAGAAUGAGAAGAGGAACUUUGAUACAAACCGAUAUUUCAACAUCCACCCCAAAGGAGUGAUCCCCCUGGGAGGGUGUGUGGUCACACCUAAAGAGGAGCAGGGGAUGCCUUUCGCCGUGACCAUCAACCACGAGGACUUCACUGGCGACGUCGUCCUGGCGGCAGACUCGGAGGCGGAGCAGGCCCAGUGGGCGGAGCUUCUGCAGGAGUCUGGAAAAGUCACCUGGAAGAACGCCCAGCUCGGAGAGGCCAUGAUCGAGAGUCUGGAGGCGCAGGGGCUGCAGCUGGCCAAGGAGAAGCAGGAGUACUUGGAUAAACUGAUGGAGGAGACGGAGGAGCUCUGUCUGCAGAGGGAGCAGAAGGAGGAGCUGGAGCGGGUGAAUCAGGUUCUGGAGGAGGAGAAGCAGAGGUUUGAGGAGGUGGUUUCAGAGCUGAGGACGGAGCAAGAACAGAUCAAAGUGGAAUUGGAUGGUACAGCGUAUUCUCUGAAAGGAGUGGAGAUGGAGAAGGAGGAGCUCCACAGCCUGACCUCCCUGCUGCAGAAGUCUCUGGAGGAGCUGUCCCAGGAGAAGCAGAACACUCUGGAGCUGCUGCGCGUUAAGGAGCAGGAGGAGGUGGAGGAGGAGGAGGAGGACCGGAAGGCACACCGGGCCCAGCAGGAGGUGCACGACCCCAGCCUCCUGAAGGGGAACCUGCGGCAGAUUGAGGAGCAGAUGAGGAGGCUGCAGAAAGAGAAGGAGCAGGCAGAGGAGAGGCUGCAGGAGAAAGAGCAGCGGGCGCGGGUGCUGCAGCAGGAGCGUGAGUACUACUCCAGUCAGGCCGUGGCGCUGCAGAAGUCCCUGUCAGAGCUCACUGCCGACAAGCAGCAGACCGAGGCCGAGCUCAAGGCGGAGAUCCAGGCUCGGAUGGAGCUGGAGCAGAGACUGAAGCAGGCGGAGGAGGCGCUGAGGAGCCUGGAGCAGAGCCUGAGCACCCUGCAGUGCCCCAAGGAGAAGGAGGAGCGGAUGAAGGGGGACGUCAGCCAGCUGAGGAAGUUCUUUGAGGAGUGUAUCUGCGCGGCGGAGAUCGAGGCCAAGCUGCCGGCCAUCAUGAAGAACGCCGUGUACAUCCACAAGGCCGCCGCGCGCCGCAUUAAGAGCUGCCGUGUGCAGAGACAGGCGUCCCGACACCACUGGGCCCAGCUGAAGCACUCAAAGUCCUUCAUCCUCUCGCCCGAGGAGGAGUCGUCCCUGGAGGAGCUGAAGGAGAGCGCACGGCGCUACACCUGUGACAGCUCCUUCAGAGAGAGGGUGUUCUCCCGCAUCAUCUCCCGCAAGGACCCGGGGAAGGCCGAGGGCUGAGGGCUCUGCUGCGUGAGCCCCACUCUGCGGACCACACACUGAGCCCCACUCUUAGUUUUUUACCACUCUUUUUCCAGUUUGGACCAUCUUUAGAUUUUUACCACAAUCUAGGGAGGAUUUAGUUCACAGCGCAUAGCUAUGAGCAGGCAUAGGAGGAAUGGAAAGGAAGUUGGGAAUUAUUAUUUCUAAUAUUUACCUCGUAUAUAUACAUUAAACUUUCUAAAUUAUUUAUUGUCUAACUUGCCUUUAUAAGUGUUUCUCCUGCAAAUGAGCUGUGGUAAUUAUGUGGAUGUCCAUUUUGUUUUUGUACUAGAGAGUACUACUACCAGAUGACUGAUGUAACCGUAAAAGAACAACCGCAAAUCAGUUUCAGAAACUACCAUGUCAUACUGCAAGAAAGUGAAAGAAUCCAUCAUGUCAUGUUGUAACUGAAUGCCAUAUAUAGUCCAAUUACUUUUGGUCCCCAUGAAAUGGGGGAAACUGUGUAUAAAAAGGGCUGCAAUUCCUACAAGGGUAAUUUAAUGUGGAUAUAAAUAUCCUCAAAUUAACACUGACGGCCUAUAUUUUAACCUUAUAUUCACUGUUUCAUUUUUAAUCCAAUUUACUGGAGUACAAAGCCAAAACAAAACAUUGUCACUGUCCAAGGACUUAUGGACUGCACUGUAUAUUCAGUUGUGAUGUGAUACCUUCUAAGGGCUUGAGAAUUAUAUAAAUGUAUGGGACUCCAAUUUGCCAAUCUAUGCAAGUAAAAGUAAUCAUCCAUGUACUAUACAAAUAAACAUUCAGCAUCCAAA